AUGUCGCGCUUAUUCUUCUACAGGCGUAUGAAGGAUGUCAUUAAUCGUCUCCCGGGACAUUACAAAAGAAGAUAUUUGGAAAAUCAGAAUAACUUAGCCAAUGAAAAUUUUCUCGCCACAUCUUUAAUUGCGAAAGAAGAAAUUGGGGCUGUAUUUCCUAAUACAUAUUUUGACUCACGACUCAAUGUCGUUUACCCGCCUGAGUCUCAAAAGUGCUUGUGGGGUGGGGAGGGAAUUGUUCAGGGCUACUGGGAGAAGAAGAACCAGAGACCCAGGUUUCCAAAAGUAUGGCGUCCUGAUCUUAUGGAACAGUUGUUUCAUAGUGAGAUCUUAAACCGUUGGAUGGUUAUAAUUGUAUCGAAAACUGCACUAAAGCAGAUUGAAGAGUCUGGCGGUUUUGAUUUUUACAUACUUUCGACUCCGGAAUCAAAGCUUAAGAGUAGACUUGGGAUGCAGCUUAAGAGGGACAUGUUGAUUACCCUUGCGAAAGCAGAAGAGGAUGGGAUUAUUCCAAGCAGUCUGCAGAAGUUCUCAAGAUUUAUAAUACCUCUUGAAGAAGCCGAAUGGAUUGGUCUUACACUAGAAGAAGCUGUUAAAAAACAGAUGAAAAUAGAACAUGAGAUAGCCAGAAGCCAAAUAAAACCAUUGAAGCUUGUUUUGGCGGAAAACCUGAUUGAUAAAUUGAUCAACUCUGUUGAAAAAGAAAAAGGUGAGGAAGGUGAGAAAUCAUCUGGCUAUCUGUCUAAAUUCUUCAAUAGACAAACAUCUGGUAGUAAAAGUGUAUGA